AUAUGUGACACCAGUAAUUUACACCGACCAAGGAUCUCUCAUAUUCUCGGUUCACUUCUUAGGGCACUUACAUCCCAUAUCGAAUCUAAUCGGUGCUGAUUCGGUUCACUGCAGGUGACAUCGUCUGAGCUUAAAUCCGCCUUUACAGGUCGUAUAUUGCCGAUACAAAUAUUGGUACUCAGAAGCAGUAGGGAGACUCCCGAACAUUUCUGAUGGCUUUACGAGGUGUGUACUGCAUUCUGGCGUUGCAGGCUUGUGUAGGAGUAUGUUUCUGUGAAGAGGUGUUAUUACCAAAGAGCUACAAUGAAGCAGUUAACGACAAGGUGUUGUUUACCCCAAUCAAACUCCCUUCUCAGCCAUUCGACGAGGUCAUAUGGGCGUUUGGCUUAACUAGAAUUAUUUUGUUCUCUGGUACUCAAACGUUCAUUGACAGUAACUAUACAAACAGAGCUAGUCUGAAGACCACCAGUUUUGCUAUGGAGCUCAGGAAUCUAGAUAUGACAGAUGCUGGAGAAUAUAAAAUCACGAUAAAAAAAAAGGAAAACAGUUUAUUUGAAACCACAACACUGAAUGUAUUUGAGCCAGUUUCCAACAUUACUAUAACACCAAGAGAGACGGAACUAGUUGAAUUCAACAGCACUGCCAGCCUCACUUGUUCUGCCUCUGGCACCUCCAUUUCAUUCUUUUGGCUAAAUGGCAGCUCUGAGCUAACAUUAGGGGAGAGAGUUCAGCUGACCAAUGGGAACACCACUUUGAUCAUUACCUGUGUGAGCAGAGAUGACAUUGGGCCAUAUAGAUGUGGAGCAUUCAACAUCAUCAGCAAAGACAUGAGCCAAAAUAUGACCCUCACCAUUUACUAUGGUCCCGACAAAGCUACUGUUGCAGCUGCCCCUGUGGGACCAUUCUACAGCUCUGGGUGUGACAUCAUGCUGAGAUGCUCAGCUGAGGCCAGUCCUGCUGCAGUGUUUCAGUGGGUUGUCAGUGGAACAGUGCUUGGUGAAAAGGGCCCAGAGCUCAAACUGGCCAACAUUCAGACCAAUCAGAGCGGCAGCUAUACCUGUCUAGCUCAUAAUACCAAGAGUUUGAGAUACUCCACUUCUCAACCCAUCAACAUCAUUGUAGUGGAAAAAAUAUCUCAAGUCACACUUAAUGACUCAACAGGUCUUCUAAUAGAAGGUAGAUCUUUUUCCAAUUUAACCUGUGAGGGUUCUGGGACCAUCCUCAGUACUGAGUGGAUGAAGGAUUAUCAGAUACUGUCUCCUAGCAACAGCGUCAUAUUCUCGCCUGAUAACAAAACAGUAUUGAUUGGUCCAGUGAGAAGAUCAGACAGUGGUGAAUACCAGUGUACACUCAGCAACCCUGUCAGCUCUGAUACUGCAAAGUUCAUAAUGACUGUUAACUAUGGACCAGAUAAGGUUGUUAUUGGUGGACCAAGUGAAGUGGAGGUGCAGGCAAAAGCUUUGACAUUUGAGUGCAUUACUGAAUCUAUACCAACUGCUUCUUACACCUGGGAGUUUAAUGGAACAAACACUGGAGUGACUACAGUGUCAUUUAUAGUGGAACUGGUUCACUUUGAGAAUAGUGGAAAAUACACCUGCAUAGCCCAGAAUCAUGUCACCAAACUUAAUGCCUCAGGAAGUCAUGCUUUGGUAGUUAAAGAAAAAGUGAGUGGUGGUGAUGGAACACUGUCUGCAGGAAUUAUAGCUGCGAUUGUCAUUGGAGUUUUAUUAGUAGUUACUGCUGUUGCCGGUUUGGUUGUCUACUUUACGAAAUUUAAAGGAAGGCAAGUAUACUGUUCCAAACGCAACCGAAUUAAACCAUCCAUUUGCAUAUUUGCAAUCAGAAACAAGGUUGUAUGGCUUAACUCAAGCUCCAGAGCACAUAAAAAUAUCGGAGCAACAGGAAAUGGCAAACAUGAAUUAACCUACACAGACAUCAAACAUUUUCAGAAUAAUCAGACCAUGGUGAAUAUGGGUGGAACCAAUGCACAGAUGCAGCAUGAAACUCUAGCCAUGGUAAGGGCACUCAUAUUGUCUCAGCAUAAUCAGGGAAGCAGUUCCAUUGUUAUGAAAUACAAGAUGGUUUCAUCGCUUAUCUCCAACUUCGGGAAAUACUGUAAGGAUUGGCACCAGGCUGAGAGUGGGUGGAACCCCACAGCGCUGAUGGACGCUUUCCACCAGGGCCUCAGUGAGGAGCUUAAAGAUGAACUGGCCCACCAAAAUACUUCCACCUCUCUCUAUAUCCUGAUCGAUCUGGUGUUGCGAAUUGACAGUCGCAUACGGGAGAGGCGCAGAGCACGGGGACCAGAUGUCAGUCAAGGCUCUUGCGGAGCGCCGCGCACCCUUAGCCCUGUUCAUGUGCCUGACAAGCAGGGGGACUCCGGACUCCGGCCAAUGCAGCUCGGACACACCCGCCUUUCUCGAAGAGCAGCAGGCAACUUUCUUAACUCUGGGUUAGCCAACAAGUUAGCCCUGCCACUGGUCCCACUGGACGAACCCCUAUCAAUUGCUGCCAUCGAUGGUCAGUCCCUUGAGCCAGGGGUUGUUAGCCAUCCGACCCAUCCAGUCAUAUUCGACAUAAUCCUGGCUGAGCCGCGUCUGUCCCCUGCAAAAAAGAAUUACGACGUGGGUUACCACGAAUUAUUGGUGGUUAAGCUUGCCCUUGAGGAGUGGAGGCACUGGCUGGAGGGGGCAAAACACCCCUUCCUGCUCUGGACAGACCACAUGAACUUGCUGUACAGCAGGCCAAGUGACAUAAUCUGCGCCAGGCCAGAUGGGGACUGUUCUUUGCCCGGACUGCCCCCAUUAAGGGGCAACAUGGUGAUUUUGGUGGUCGUCUACAGGCCAUUUCUUUGCACUGCCAAAACUGCCAUUGGUGAAGGAGACAAAGUAUUGCUUACACAAGUUGUCCGUCUUCAUGGACUGCCUAGCGACAUCGUGUCAGAGCAUGGGCCUCAAUUAAUUAGCCACUUCUGUAGGGCGUUUUGUCGGUUGUUGGGGGCAGAGGCCAGCUUGUCCUCGGGCUUCCAUCCCCAAUCCAAUGACCAGACUGAGAGGGUCAACCAAGACUUGGAGCGCACCCUCCGCUGUCUGGCCUCUUCUUGCCCAUCCUCUUGGUCUGAGCACCUAUUAUGGGCAGAUUUCGCCCACAACACCCUGUGGCACUCCUCCUUAGUCAUGUCACCUUUUGCGUGCCAGUAUGGCUAUGCCGUACUGUACGGCUUUAUGCAGUACUGGACGGUGAUAGUAACGUGCAUCGUGACAGAUAAAGACCAGAAGUACCAUGUCAGCUCAAUCAGAUGGGUGACAGUGAUAAUUGGCUAUGUGAUUGUGACCCCGACUGGACCAAACCAAGUUGAACUGGGUGUGGAGAGCCAGUUUAUCUGUGAUGCCAAGGAAGAGGGAACAAAGAUCCACUGGACUCCGUCUGAGAUUGGGCAGACCCAGGUCUACACCUGCAUCGCCUUGAACCCAGAAGCAGGCAAGCUUGGGCAGAUGUCCAAAUCUGUCACUGUCAUAGAGGCACUGCCCCGCCCCAUUGCCAGUGACUUCAACGCCUUCCGCUGCUGA